CUGGCUCCUCCCGCCAGAUUCGCCACCUCUCAUCAGCGGCGAAUUCCCUUUCUGCGAUUACACAAUUCCAGAGAUCCCGCCGUUCCUUAGGCUUUAUUGCGAGCAGGCGCCUCUUCUCGCACUUGUGCAGACCUGCUACACAUCCACUGUCUAACCUACCGUCACGAUCCGUGACCCCGUCCGUCGCAAGCUUCAUCCCCUCACGCUCAUCAUCUGCAGCAUCAAUUGGACUCGUCGACUUACAGGCUGCCGAGAUGGCCAUCAACGAGGUAAACCAAGAUGGCGCAGGCGGCAGCUUGCUUGAUGGCGCCGAGAAUCUGGACAUUAAGGCCGAUCCAGAGUCCAUUGAGCCGAACAGUGCUGUCGCCGUGGAUCCGGAGUCGGAUGAAGAUGUCCCGCUUGAGGCCGAGGAGCUGCAAGACGCGUUGUCGCGGCCUCCGCCCGUCAACAGCAGCUACCUGCCUCUUCCCUGGAAAGGGCGCUUGGGCUACGCUUGUUUGAACACGUACCUGCGGUACUCGAACCCGCCGGUUUUCUGCUCUCGAACCUGCCGCAUCGCCUCCAUCCUAGAGAAUCGGCAUCCGCUGUCGGAUCCCACGCAGCCGCCCCAUCCGACGAAAAACCGUCCUGACCGGGAUCAGCCGGCUGACGUUGCUCGUGGGCAGGCGUACGUCGAGGCUCUCGGUCUCGCGAAUGCGCGGGAUCUUCUCAAGCUCAUACGCUGGAAUGACAAGUACGGGAUCAAGUUUAUGCGCCUCAGCAGUGAGAUGUUCCCGUUUGCGAGUCACAAGGAGUAUGGCUAUAAGCUGGAGCCCUUUGCCUCUGAAGUGCUCGGCGAGGUCGGUCGACUUGUUGCGGAGCUUGGUCAUCGCGUGACCACUCAUCCGGGCCAGUUUACGCAGCUUGGCUCCCCCAACCCUGGCGUGGUGGAGAACUCUCUGCGAGACCUGGAUUACCACUCUGAAAUGCUGCGGUUGCUUCGUUUGCCCCCGCAGCAGGAUCGCGAUGCUGUCAUGAUCCUGCAUAUGGGCGGCGUCUUCGGUGACAAACAGGCCACUCUCGACCGGUUUCGAGAGAAUUAUCAGGCCCUACCGCAAGAUGUCAAGAACCGACUUGUGCUCGAGAACGAUGACGUGAGCUGGUCGGUGCACGAUCUUCUCCCCAUUUGCGAAGAGUUGAACAUCCCGCUGGUUCUGGACUUCCACCAUCACAACAUUAUCUUUGACUCGACCCAAGUCCGUGAGGGAACGCAGGACAUCAUGGGUCUGUAUGAUAGGAUCAAAGCCACGUGGACUCGGAAAAACAUCACUCAGAAAAUGCACUAUUCGGAGCCAACCGCGGCGGCUAUCACUAAAAGUCAGCGUCGAAAGCACAGCGACCGUGUGUCCACCAUGCCUCCUUGUGAUCCGACCAUGGAUUUGAUGAUCGAGGCCAAGGAUAAGGAACAGGCUGUGUUUGAGCUGAUGAGGACAUUCAAACUACCUGGUUAUGAUCUCUUUAGCGACAUGCUGCCCUACACCCGCACGGACGAAAAUAAGCAAUUCAGGCCGCCAAGGAAGACAAAGAAGAAGGAGGGCUUUGUCGACCUCGAGGGUCAAGUGCCUCCCGUGCGAACCGUCGCGGAAGAAGACGUCGGUAUGGGCGGACCUGACGGAAGAGUAUAUUGGCCGCCUGGCAUGGAGGAAUGGCUGCGUCCGAAGAAGCUCGUGCGUAAAGCUCCACAGAGUCCUCGGAAGACACCGGUCUCGAAGAAGAUCAAAGACGCCAACGCCGAUUCACCGCUGCCGAAAGGCGAGCCAGAAGCAAACGGUGAAGAGGAGAGCGGCGCGCUGGCUACACCGGCAUCCAAGACCAGUCGACGGGCGCAGCGCACCCCUACUGUCAAGAAACAGACAUCCAGGAAGCGGAAGGCCUCCCCGAUUGCCUCCACACCGUCUGCUUCGGAUAUGGAAACACAGGAAGAUAUCCCGGGGCCUCCCGACCUUGCGACUCCUCAGAGCAAAGGUGUCCGUCGUAGCAGACGGGCAAAGACGGUGAACUAUACCGAAGACCCUGAUUCGGCCUGAGAGACGGCGUAUCGGUAUGCCUCCUGGUUACGGCUCUACAGCAUUGUCGGUCGGGCAGCUGCAGAAGAGCCCUGUAUGAAGUCUCCGUGCAUUGGCACAUACAUGCGGCCCCUAGUUAUCCGAAGGGGGUCCCAUAUCUUCAUAGGACUUCAGCGCUUCUCUCGUCCGUGCUCUGUCGCACGGCAGCGCUACAGAUAUCGGUUUAGGAAAGCCAGUGGAUCGAGUCCCGAAGCGCCUUGUUAAUAGCCGCUGGGUCUUUAUAUACUAUCUAGAUGAUAGAAACAGUGUAU